UCAGCAACAGUCCUUUUUUAUAUUUGGCUAGGAUUAAAGCUCGAUUGGGGCUGUAUAACUACGAUUUCUUCCACACUAAACAAUUUUAUUUUUUUAAUUUGAAGGUAAAUCCUGUAACAUUAGAAAACAAUCGUUGGUUGUAUACACCACGAGAAAUUGGCCCGUAUUCAGGGAAAACACCAGGAUUACAAUAUUUCGAUGCACAAUUUUUUAAAGUACAUGAAAGACUUGGAGAAAAAAUGGAUGUUAUGUCCAGGAAGUUAUUGGAGCAAUCUUACCAAGCUAUUUACGAUGCAGGUCUGAGCCCUCAGAGCUUAAAUGGUAAAAAUGUUGCAGUCUACAUAGGUAUUUCUGUUUCUGAGACUGAAAUAACCGGAUUUUUUGAUAAUUCUUCCAAGAGAGGAUUUGGAAUAAUGGGAUGUAGUAAAACAAUGUUCGCAAAUCGUAUCUCCUAUUGGUUAAAUGUAAGAGGUCCUUCCAUAGCCGUCGACCUAGCAUGCUGCAGCUCUAUGAGUGCUCUACAGCUGGCAUAUCUUGCCAUGAAAAGUGGUGAAUGUGAAGCUGCCAUUGUUGGAGGAUGUCAUUUGUGUACGCUGCCUGAAUCAUCAGUUCAUUACAAUAGAAUAAACUCGAUAGCAACGGAUGGAAAAACUAGGUCGUUUGAUCAAGAGGCCAACGGAUGUGUUCUUUCUGAUGCUAUCAAUGUUAUUUUCUUACAAAAAGCGAGUGAUGCUUUGAGGGUAUACGCUGAUGUGGUCCACGCCAAGAAUGAAUACAUUUCUUUCAAACAAGAAAAUGAGUUUCCCAAGAGCGGAUCAUAUAGGAAACCGCAUGAAAUUGCAAGUUUUUUGAAAGAAUUUUAUAAAGAAGCGGAAUUCGCCCCACAAGAUGUCGAUUACGUAGAGGCAUUUGGCAUCGGUAAUCCGGAAUCAGAUAAAUCUGAACUAGAAGCUUUGACUGAUGUUUUCUGUGACAAGAAAACUAAUCCAUUGUAUGUAGGCAGCGUGAUGUCCAAUAUAGGUUUCACCGCAGCGGCUAGUGGCAUUACAUCCAUUAUAAAAGUGCUCCUCGGCUACCAAAACGGUUUAUUUGCUGGUAACCUACAUUACAAUAAGCCGCGCCACGACAUAAAUGCAAUAAAAGACGGGCGAAUUUGUAUUCUUGACGAUCACUGCCACAUUAACGGAAAUUACGCAGCAAUCAAUGCCUUUUCAGUAACUGGAGUCAAUGCUCAUGUUUUGUUGAAAGGAAACCGUAAACCAAAGUAUCAGGAAGGCAAGAUACUUCAGUAA